UCACUAGCGACACACGCUCUCAUACACUAUUUCAUUAACAUUAUCAACAUGUCUACGUACGCUAACAACGAAUAUAUCAUCGCGACAAACAACUCGAUUAACGAAAACAGAUACAACGCUGAAAAGAUGAAGAAUAGCGGCAUUAAGGCGCUACUGCGGCCGCUUAUGAAGAUGAUCAAGAAGACAACGAAACGGGUUCCCGCCAAGGCGAUCGACACGUGCCACGAGGACGCACAGAACUCGAGCAACGAGCUAUUGGAACGCAAGAUCUACGAAGAGAUGGAAGCGUGCCAGUCCGGUGCCGCUUUCCUCGUCUACAAUCAAGAUGAAACCUGUGACCUUGUGCCGGUCAACAAGGACACAUUCUACGUCCCCGUGCACUUCGCACGCACCGAAGCCGGCACCUUCUUCUGGACAGCAGUCUCUAAGCCCGAAGCUGACUUCGCAACGGCGCAUUGCUACACCGAGUGCCAAGCGGCAGAACAACAACAUCCAGUGCUCCAAGACCGUUGGGUGCAAGCUUGAAUGCAACACGCGACCAGGAUCAGUGUCUUCCGUGAAACCAGUGAAUGUCCUUUGGUUUCUGCAACCGUCUGUGAUGUUAGCUUUAAUAAUUCGCAAGUGCCAUGUAGAUUAAAAUUUAGUAUUAAGUUAAGCUCAACACUCGUGAUGACUUUUCGAAAGCUUUAUAUGUUUAUGAAUAGCAAAUUGUGAUAAAACAUUAUUGUAUUGUAUAAUUUAUGUUAGGUGUAACUUAGAAACAUAAUCUUCCUGAAUAUGAGCUUUAAUUGUUUUUUUUUAGAUGUAAUAAUUUAUUUUAAUGCUGAACUUUUAAAUGUUUUUUUUUAAAUGCGAAAUAAAUAAAAAUUUUGAUGAUA